AUGGAUUUGAAUUCAAACCCAGAUUUUCCCUCUAACAUUUCAACAGAUGGGCUGAUUCAACUGAAAAGGGAAUAAGUGAGAAACUCACAGAGGAAAGAAGACAUCUAAAAUAAAUUGUUGCAAAAAAGACAGCAAUACAUCUAUCAAUAUGAAUAGUUGUAUUUGAAACAACAGGAACUCAGAAAAGAGGAACUUGCCCUCAUAUUCAAUAAAUCGAUUGAGUAAGUGAAUGAUCACUUUUAUUUGAAUGAAGUGACAGAGGCUUUGGAAAUAAUGGUAAAUUUGGAAUCCAAACUUGAAAGCAUCACAGACAUACCAGAACAAUUCUGUGUUAGCUCAUUUACGAAUGUCUUGAAUUAACUGGUGGCUCAAUUGUCAGCCAACAAUCAAUUAGAAUUCUUCCUCCUAACCAUUUCCUUCGAUUCGAUUAACAUGUCCCUCUUCCCUUAAGAAUAGUCAGUGAUGAGUGAGUACUUCUCCAAAACCCUUGAAUUGCUUAAGAAGGAGAAGCACAGACAUGCAUAACACUUCCUUAUCAAACUAUACUAAAAUAGCCCAUAAUGGUUUGAAGCAGUACUCUUUUAAGAAUUCUGUUCAGUCAGUAAGAAACUAUUUGAAUUAUUACUCAAACACAUUGAUAAUCAAAUAGUUUGGGUAAUUCUGUCCUCGUUGAAGAUUGUGCCCUAUGAUAACUUGAUAUUUUCAACCAUCCUCAAAAACAUUACCAAUAAAAAUGCCUUCCUCCUCUUGAGAAAGACACUCUGCCAAGAGGAAUACUAACUCAAAUACAUCCAAUCUAAUAUCUUCUAUCUAUUUACCCAAGUAUUACAACAAGCAGAAGACAAACAGUACUUCUUAAAUGAAGUCAUAGACUGCAUACUUAGCAUUUGUUGUCUUAAGUUUGAAUUAUUCGAGAAGGUUAUUACUUCAGGUUUGGCUCUUGUGAUAUCAGCCUAAUCGAUAAAGGAUUUCACUGUUGAGGGUAUAUAAAACUUAUAGAGGAUUGUCUAUUGGAUGUGUAGCAGCAAAAGUGAAUUGUUGAAUUAAAACAUUAGAGAAGGCAUAUGGUUUUAGAGCAUUUUCUUAAUCCUUUUACAAUAACAAUUGAAUCAUGUAGUCUAAAUUAAUACUUUGGAUAUAUUGAAAUAAUAGUUUAAAUCUGAUUUAGGUUGUCAUUUCAAAGAGUUUUUCAGAACUACAUAUCAAGUGCCAGAUAACAUAUAAACAUUGAUCGAAAGAUACUUAUGAAUAAUUAAUAUAUUUCUACACAUAUCAAAAAUUUAAUA